AACAAUAAACAAAAAAAUAUUUAUGAAUCAUAAAUGUGAUGUGUAAUUGUAUGGACGAAAAUGCAAAUAAAAAUAUGAAACUUCAAAUUUGAAGUUUUGGGUAGUGAAACUUCAAUAUAUAAUUUCACUUCUCAAAACUUCAAAUUUGAAGUUUUAAAAUUUCUUUUUGAAAAGCAUAAAACUUCAUAUUCGAAAUUAUAUAGUAUCUUUUGGAGAUGCUCUUAACAUGCAACAAGGUUCGUUGUCACCCAGGCCCGGCCCGUAAAAAUAAAGGGCUGGAAGCAAAAACAGAAUAUUGGACCUGUUAUCAAGUAACUAAAAAAAAGGGGCUCCAGAGAUUCAAACCUCUCACCUGAAGCACUCUAAAUUCAGGUGUAAACCAAUUAUGCUAUAAAAAAUUUGUGAUAUUUUAAGGCUGAAAAAUUAUAUAUUUUAUGUAGGGCCGGAAGCACAAGCUUGUGCAGCUUGUACCCGGGGCCGGUACUGGUCAGUGGUCACCAUCCACCAGAUCAAUGUUAUUAAGAGCUUGAUAUAGAUUCAUACUGCAGAUAAUGAUUACUUUUUCUUUGGUUGCUUCUUUUUCAAACAUGCAGUUGUACCUUAGCAAAGUAGUUUACUCGUACCAAAGCAUUGUAAGUUCUUCCCGUGCAGCAACUCGAGAGCAGAUUUAAUUUUUUUAUUCCCUUUUGUUGUGGGAUUGUGUCUACCUCUCUCAUUUUUUUUUGUCGUAUCUCCAAAGUUCGAUUAAUGUAAUGAACUUCCAUGUUUUUUUGUCCAUGAAAAUGCUUAAAAAGUAAACAGAGAAACAUAAAUUUUGAAUGCUUUUAUUUUAUUUUAGUCAAGUUUUAACAAAAUAGUGUCAUGUGCCCUCUCGGUUAGACCAUCAUUAACCCUAGUCUCUUAACUGGAGGUUCUUAGCUUCAGUUAAGAGACGGUUCUUAGUUUUUGUUAGUUAAAAUGUAAGAGACGGUUUCUUAUAUUCCGCUAAGAACCCCACCUAAAAAUCUCCCCCCCCCCCCCCGAUUAAACAUGCUCUUAUAUCUCUUAUUAAAGAGACGGUUCUUAGUUUUUCUUAGUUAAAAUUUAAGAAAAACUAAGAACCGUCUCUUAAAUAAAAGAUAUAAUAUUUAAGAGCGGGUUCUUACCUUUUUUAGUAAAUAGCUAAGAGACGGUUUCUUAUAUUCUGCUAAGAACCUCAACCUAAGAAUUCCCCAUUAAUCAUGCCGUCUCUUAGCCGAAAAAUUAAAAAACAAAAUGUCAAAUCAUGAGUUAAGAAUCCCGGCUAAGAGACGACCAGGAUUAAUCAUUUAUAUUCUUAUAGUUCUGUUCUUAAAGGUCUCUUAAUCAUAUUGAUUCUCCUGUAUUAUAUGAGUUUAAUGUUUAUAUUUAAUAGCAUUUGCCUUUGGAAAUUUCUGGUACAAUUUCUCAUCUUUGAGUGACACAGAAUGAAGGAUGGCUGCGUGUUAUACACUCUAAUACCAGUCUCUUGCUCACUUGCUGUCAGGCAGAGAACUUUAGGGCUAACGAACUAAUUGAAUUUUACAAGGUAACUCUUGAAUGAAUUUUUGUUUCUUUCUAAUUUGGAAAAAAAUAAUUCUUAUUUAUAUUUACUUAUUGUUUAUGUACAACAAAUAGCCAUUUUUAUCUUUUAAGAAAAUUAAGUCUAUUUUUUAGUUACUUUUCUAGGUAUCCUUUUAGAUCAACUCUAGAUGCUUUGACUUUAAUGUACAGUUGAAAAGGUCUAUGAUGAAGCUUAGAAGAUUAUUCCGGCACUUGUACAUUUUUACGUGUGUAUGCACGAACGAAUGUGUUGAAGUUUAAAAAUAUAUUUCUGGCCGCGUGAAUUUAAAACAGAAAGGGACUUAACGAGUUUAGUAGUUUCUAAAAACAAAAACAAAUACACGUAACGUGAUUAUCUCAGCUCCAUUAGAAUAUCAAUGUAAAAUGGACCAAGGUCAAAAGCUAUACCACGCUCUGCGGGUCUGCGGCUGCCUCAAGUUUUUUUUUUAAAACUCACUUUCUGAAUAUUUAUUUAAUUAUAUGUUCCUAUUUUUCACAUAUAUUUCAAAAUCGGGAUCUCUUAUAUUGAAACAUCUGAAAUGAUUCAUGAUUCUCUCUUCAUUUUUUUAAAUCGUGUAUACACAUAAAUUUUUAUUCAUUUGGCUAUUCAUGUGGAAAGAAAAUACGAUUAAUGUCAUCCAAUUCAUCUUUUUUUUUCUAUUAUGACUUGCCGGUCUGAUUUAAUUAAUGCAAUGAUCUCAUUCACAUUAUUUAUUUUGUAAUGAAAUCCUUAUAUAGUCAAUAGUUAAAUCUAGUGCCACUUGAAUUUCCAGGUCAAGUUAGUUAAACCAACUAAGUUGGCUCAGUUUGGUUAAUUUACAAUUAUUAUUUUGAAAUCAUAUAUACCAUACCAAUACCAUCUACAUUAAACAAAAAUAUAUGUUUGACUAUCACGUAUAUAUAAUAUGAUAUAUGUAAAAUAAUUGUAUUUUGCCACUUCUCUAGAUGCAAUUUAUAAAUAUCUGAGUAUGUAACGAUGAUAAUAUGAUUCCAAGCGAAAAAAUGUAAAUGAUAAUAGGAUACAAAAAUUUGUCGAAAUUGAAAAAUAUCUAAGUCACGUGCUAAAUGUGUCACUUGAGUGUUACAGUUCACAUCCUUGUUUGAAUUUUUUGGAUCAAAAGGAUGUAUCAAUUUCUCUAUAAACAAUAACACUAACGAUUACCACACUAUAGCUUUUCCUUUUUCGAUGUAUAUAUAGACUUUUUCCAUGAUAAACAUAAUAAAAGCUAUAUUUUACACACAUCUAUAUUUCGACUUUUAGAUAUAUGAAAUUUCCAAGUAUCUUUAAAAUCAGAUAAAAACUCUUAGUAGAUAUUAUUUUUAUAGGGCAAAUUCCAUAAAAAUAUCCCAACUAAAUUAUGUAAGAUUUUUAAUAUCCAAUUUUUUUCGUUACCCGUUUAAUAUCCCAACUAAUUAUUUAGCUCAUUUUAAUAUACAAAUUUUUUUAAAAUGCCCAUUUUAAUAUCCAAAUUUGUUUAUUUUAUUUAAAAUACUAGUAGAUUUCAAACAAAAUUUUUUAAAAAAUAUCUAAAAUUACAAAAUUAUCUAAAAAGUUCUAAUUUUAUUUUCUAUUUGAGAAAUAAAAGUAACUAAAUUUUUUAUAAUCUUCAAUUUUGUAAUAGAAGUUUUAAGUUUUAAAUAUUUUCGUUACCUGUUUAAUAUCCAAUUUUUUCGUUAUCCUACUAAUUAUUUAGCUCAUUUUAAUAUACAAAAUUUUAAACAAUGCCCAUUUUAAUACCCAAAUUUGUUUAUUUUAUUUAAAAAUACUAGUAGAUUUCAAACGAAAAUUUUUAAAAAAUCUCUAAAGUUACAAAAUAAUCUAAAAAGUUAUAAUUUUAUUUUCUAUUUGAGAAAUAAAAGUAACUAAAUUUUUUAUAACCUUCAAUUUUGUCAUAGAAGUUUUAAGUUUUAAAUAUUGAAUUUAGUUUGUUUUCUAAAAUAGAAAACAAAUUUAUUUAUUUUCCUUCAAAAUUAAAUUAUAAAAUGGUCUCCCUAAUUUAUUUACCUUCUUUCUUAAAUAUUUAAAUAAAAUAUGAAAAUAUUAAUAUUUUUUUCUUGGAUUUUGAAGAUUUUUAAAUUACGUUUGAAACUUAUUAGUAUUUUCAAUUAAAAUAACCAAAGUUUAGGUAUUAAAAGGAGUACAAUUUUAAAAUUUGUUUAUUAAAAUGAAUAUUUUAAUUAAUUGGGGUAUUAUAUUGGGUAGCAAAAAAAUUGAAUAUUAAAAAGCUUAAUGAAAUUUAGUUGGGGUAUUUUUAUGGAAUUUUCCCUAUUUUUACAAGGUAGAAGAAAUGAGAGAUUACUUGAAAAUCAAAACUAUGGUAGAUAUUAUUUUCAAGAAUGGCAAUAAAUUUGUUGCCCUGUCGCUCUCAAAAUAUUGUAAAAUGUUUAAAAAAAAAAUUAAUGAUAAUGAGCAAAUUGACCUUAACGAAAAGCUAAUCUUCGUUGGCUUCGUAUAAACAUGUAUUUAAUGGAAAAGAAUAUGUUGUAUUAUCUCAUACGGCCACCACGUAGUAACAUAAAGUUUUAAUUUUGAUUCAGAAAAUAAAAUGCCAAACAAAAUUUGAACAGAAUUUUUUGCGCAUGCAAUUAUGCAAACCGUAUGUUGUGUAUGAAUUAAAAAAGGAUGUUAUAUAUGUAUGAGUUAUGAACUUAUGACACGACAAGAACAGAUUAAUAUGAUUUCCAAAAGAGUGAAACAAUAAUGGCAGAGCAGUAUGAUUCGUUGAUAUUUCUAUAAGUUUCUUUAUCUGUGAGAUAUAGGUGAAAUUAUUAAAAACAAACUGUUCUAUUUGUUUCUAUUGAUAAUCGAAUAAUAUGAAAUAACAAAACAUAAUUGACCGACUUUUAAUAAGGUAUAAAAAAAUCUCAUUUUGCUUUUUAACAACUCAGCCUAACGGAGAAAAUAUACCAUACGAUUGUUUUAAGUCAAUGGUGUGGCAAAGCCAAAGGUAUUGUAUUACACAUUCUAAAUAUCCAAUUUCAAAGAGAGAAAGAGACAUAAAACAAUCCAAAUGACUAUAAUUAUUGAGAGAACUAACAUAGUUUACUUAGCAGAAGCAGCAUUCUAGAAGAAAAUGAAUUUAUGUUAACUUAGCAGAAGCAACAUUCUUCUAGAUGAAAAUGAAUAUAUGUUUAAGCAACAUCCUUCUAGAAGAAAAUGAAUUUAUCAUACAUAUGCAACCAUUCCAUUAACAACUAACAAGUGUUUGUAGUAGCCAAUUAGCAUAAAAAGAAUGAGCUGGCUUGAGAUAGUCAAAGAAAAUUGUAAUGGAUCUAGAACUGCCUAUGAAAGUGUCCUAUGCACAUUAUAAUGACACACUAAGCUAUCUAUUAUAAAAAAAAUUAAUAUCAAAUUAUCAUAUAACCAACCAAAAAGGCAAAAACAUUUGUUUCUUUUUGGUAUUUAAGAAAUUAUGCAACUUAAUAAAAUAGAGUUUAUCUUUUGUUUCAAAUAUAAGAGUUUGAAACUGAAAAUACAAACAAAAAUUGAGUCUAAGAAAAAUCUUACUCAUUUGCAUAUCUUUUAAUUCACAAUUAGUUAUGCUUAGUGCUGAUGUCUCCUAAUAGAUGUCUUUUUAAGACUACAGACUUUACUUUUGCGAGUCUUCACCAAUAUCUCACCACUCGCUUCCUCUCUCUCUCUCCAAUAUCUCAAAUAGUCCUUUUCAAAGAAGUUUCAUCAUCUCCUAUAUAUUCAUCAAAACAAAACAGUUAAACAAUAUAGAGAGACAACAUCUUCUCAAAGUAACACAAAAAGAUAACUUCUCUCAGAAGAAAGCAAUGAGAUUUUCAUGGAAGAACAUAUGUCUUCCUAUAAGCUGCAUCAACAACACAAACAAGAAGACAAAAACAACAAACCCAUCAAAAGAAAAACUUCUUCUGCUAUCCAGACAAACCUCUGUUCGAAGCAGAGUAUCCUUGUCUGAUUUCAGCAGUUCAACCAUAUCACUCAACGACUUCUCAAACUCUUUUCUCAUAGACAUUCACAUCUUCACCUACGAAGAGCUCAAAACGAUCACACAAGGCUUCUCAAAGCAUAACUAUCUCGGUGAAGGAGGAUUUGGGGAAGUCUACAAAGGGUUUGUUGAUGAUAGCCUCAAGACUGGUUUGAAAUCUCAGCCUGUUGCUGUCAAAGCCUUGAAACAAGAAGGUGGACAAGGCCAUAGAGAGUGGCUGGCUGAAGUUAUAAUCCUUGGUCAGUUGAAGCAUCCACAUCUUGUGAACUUGAUCGGAUACUGCUGUGAGGAUGAUCACAGGCUUCUAGUUUAUGAAUACAUGGAAAGAGGCAAUCUGGAAGACCAUCUAUUUCAGAAGUAUGGUGGAGCCUUGCCUUGGUUAACAAGAGUGAAGAUUCUGAUUGGUGCUGCAAAAGGCCUUGAGUUCCUUCACAAAGAAGAGAAACCUGUCAUCUACAGAGAUUUUAAGCCUUCAAACAUCCUCUUGAGCUCGGAUUACAGCUCCAAGCUUUCAGAUUUCGGCUUAGCCACAGAUGGAUCAGAGGCAGAAGACUCAAACUUUACCAAAAGUGUGAUGGGAACAGAAGGCUAUGCCGCUCCAGAAUACAUCUCAGCAGGUCAUUUGACAACUAUGAGCGACGUGUUCAGUUUCGGUGUGGUGCUUUUGGAGAUGCUAACAGCUAGAAAGGCAGUGGAAAAGUACCGGUCACAGAGAGGGAGGAAGCUAGUGGAAUGGGCAAGACCCAUGUUAAAGGAUAACAACAAGCUAGAACAGAUCAUAGACCCAAGUCUAGAAGGGAGAUACUCUUUUGAAGGCAUCAGAAAAGCAGCUGAGUUGGCUUACCAGUGCCUGAGCCACAACCCUAAGUCGCGACCCACUAUGACCACGGUGGUCAAGACUCUGGAGCCAAUUCUAGACCUCAAAGACAUCCAAAACGGGCCAUUUGUGUACAUUGUUCAAGUUGUAGGUUCAAACGAAGUCCAUGACGUCAAAUGUAAGGAUGAUGUCAAAGUCGUGAAGGAGGAAGCAAAGGUAUGUCCAAAACAUCAAGGAGGUCGAAAGAAGAGACGUAAACACAAGGCAAUGAGGUCUCGGACCGUGUAUUCAGAUACUACUUUGUACAAGAGUCUAGGAACCAGUUUAUACACCCAAGGGGGAGUAGAGUAAAUAAUCACACAAAAGAUAAUUAUUUAGUUUUUUUUUAUACAGGUAUAGAUAAGUGAAAAUACCAUAGGAUUUCAUGAAAUUGUGCAGAUGUUGUGAUAGAAACGUAGCUUAAAAAGUUAGCUAUAUUGAGCAGUCAGUUUUCAGUUUUGUAACUUCAGAUGUGUAAGUUUCAAUUGUGUGCGUGUUCAAAAGGGACAGUACUACUUGGAUA